AUGUCUCCCGCCGUCAUGCUGGCUGUCCUGACGGCCGUCGCCAACGUCCUGUUGUCCCUGGCCUUCUCAGAAGGUUGCACGAUCGCCUGGUGGGUCAAGAUGUUGCAAGGAGGAAAUAUCCGCGAUUGUCACUGGUACUGGGCACAUGGCUCAAGUGCAUUCGCAUCUGCGACGUCGGGGAGAUCCUUUAACAAAAUUGCCCUGGCGUGUAUAGCGACGGCCUUGGUUGUUAUCGACGGCCCUCUUCUGCAGCGAGCUUCCACCGUCGUCAGCCGAGUCACGACGAAACCAGUCACUUUCUCUGCCUGGAUGUCUCCCGAUCCGUUCCCUAGGGACUUCUCCGGCGUCUACAUGACCAGAUCGGGCAACAUCGACAUGCUGACGCCAAAUUUCGCAGAGGUCGUCCAGCUGUUCACCAGCCGAAGCGCGAUCCCUCUGAACUAUAGCGGCUGCGGCGCGACCUGCCGGGGAACCCUUGUUGGGCCGGGAUUCGACAUCAGCUGCACAUCAGACUCAGUGCCUUACCAGCUCACCGCGAGACCGGGCCACGAGUACUGGGUUGGCUACGCCGGUUUCACGUUCAACGGGGAAAUGGACAGUGGAUCCAUCGGGGCCCAAACCGUCUAUAAAGCGUCUCCCGGUGCUGUCGGCAGUCUCACUAGAGGGAAUUGCAAUCUGCAGAUCGCAACAGUCAGGUAUCCGGUCGAGCAUCCUCCUUUUCAGACCGCCGGUCUCGGGAUCUGGCCGUCCUCGAUCGGUGGAUUCCAGCUGGCUGCGCAGACCCUCUACGGCAGCAACGUGUCGCUCUAUUUUGACGGUAUCUAUGCCAUGGAGCCCGAGGGCCCGAUGGCCAUCAACUAUUUGAACUCAUCCUUCGACGACAUAGGCACCGCCAACAUGACCUGGGCGGACCCAACGCCGGAUAUUCUGUCAGGAAUCCGCGAGUUGGCCUUUCGUGCGGCCAUCUCCAAAUCGAACGCGUCCUUUUCGCAGCUGGUCAAUGGGACGGAGACCAUUGUUGAGACCAUCUACGUUUCCCAUUACAGAUGGCUCGCCCCCGCAGUCGCGGUGAUUCUUUUCGGCGGCUGCUGCAUCAUAACUCUCUUUCACGGGUGGUGGUAUCUUGGGCGACCGGUGUCGCUCAGCCCGGUGGAAGUCGCAAAGGCCUUUGGGGCGCCACUGUUGCAGGGGGGCGAUGGCAACGCCGAUGUCAGUGGGAUUCUGAGGACUUUUGGAGGGCGACCGGUUCGCUACGGCGAAGUGGCGGUCCGUGAAGAUCAGAAUCGAAGCACCAUGUGUAUGGCGGAUCCGACGAGUGAGACAUUUAUCGAUCAUUCUGGAUUGAAACUCGAGCUGGCCGAGCCAGAUCGUGUUACCUGGCCUCGGAGGGGAUUUGUAUACGAUGGAUGA